GUUGCGUUGGAGUACCAAAGGAGGAGGAGGAGGAGGAGGAGGAGGAAUAAUCUUAGAGUCUACUAGACUCACACACUAGCUUUAGCUUAGCUAAAAGAAGAAAAAGAAAAGAGAGGCACAAUAAUAGGUUAGGCAUGGCGGAGCAGCUGGGCGGCGUGGGCAGCCCGCAGCUAAGCCUGAGCAGCUGCAGCUCCUUCCUUUCCAUCUCCAGCGCCGGUACCAGCGCCGCCGAUGGUGCUCCCCAUCUAUCCCUCGGCGUGGGCGGCGCCGAGGAGCUGGAUCUGCUGCUGCAGGUGGGCAUAGGCGGUGGCGGUGGCGGCGGCGGCGACGAGGAAGAGGAGGAGCGCAAGACCAUCCGGAUGAUGAAGAACAGGGAGUCGGCGCUGCGCUCCAGGGCAAGGAAGAGGGCGUAUGUGCAGGAGCUGGAGAAGGAAGUUCGCCGGCUGGUGAAUGAGAAUCUCAAGCUCAAGAGGCACUGCAAACAACUUAAGACGGAGAUGGCUGCUCUGAUCCAGCAGCCUACCAACAAGCAGAGUUCCCACCGAAGAAGCUCAUCCACUUGAUCAGAACGCAGCAGCUUAAGCCUUUAAUUAAUUAAGCAUAGGCAAGGUAGCGGGCAGCCAUUGGAUUGGGGACCAUUAUUUAAUUGGGUUGGCUGUCCAGCUCCAGCAAGAGUCUCUAGCAAGUAACAACAACUCACUCUGAUCCGCCGGCUUGGCUUUCCAUGCAUUCCGGUAGUACGUAAGUACUCUAUUUUGUUACUGUGUCGAUCAUCCGCUACACAUGGAUGCAUACAUGCAUGCUUAAUUGUUUGUGUCACCGGCUAACUUUUGCAUACCCUUGUUUGCUUGCUUGCUGCAAGACCCAAAUUAAUAUAAAUUGUAUGAGACUCGGAUUAGCUGCUA